AUGCUGAGAAAAAUUCAGUCGGCUCUUCACCCGAACUCUUGCAGUCGUGACCUUACAGAAGGUAGCACCACUCACAAUGGCAGCCUUUCCCCAGUUCGCCUGGUCCGAAGCACCUCUAUGUAUGUAGUUGGAGAAGGGAAGCAAACUCUUGCUGAGUCUUUAAAAAAAUAUAAAAGCACCACGAAUAUUGAGAUGUCAGGAUGCUGUUACUACAAAGACGAGGACUCUGCAUGGUUGUUUGCCAAGACACAGGACUUCCUCCAGUAUCUCCAGGAUCUGUUAGCACUCAGGAAAAAAUAUCUGGCUAGCAUUCAUAAUUUGAGGUGCAUGACUGGAACAUCUGACUAUUUACCAAUAUCAACCAAGUCAACCAAAGCUGAGAAAAAGUCAUCACAAGAGACAAGAGAUGUAAAGGUUUUAAAGGAUAAUGAAAAGCAGAAUCCCAACUCCGAUAUCAUGGAUGCUAUAGCUUAUUUUGAUUCAGUAAUUGCAGAACUGGACACGGAGAGGAGAAUAAGGACAGCACCAAGCAACUUCAAGCAUGCGGAUGUUGACUUUGAUGUGGCCACCAGUAGCAGAGAACAUAGUUUACAUUCAAACUGGAUUUUGCGGGCCCCGAGGAGAAGUACAGAGGAAGUCUUAAGAACAUCCAUAUACAGCCAGUCUUGGAGAAGUAGCAUGGGGAACACAAGUUUUAAGAGGAUAGAGAGAUAUCCAAUCUACCUGCCGAAAGCUGUGGAAGGAGCAUUUAACACACUGAAAUUUAAACCUCGGCCAAAAGUAAAGUAA